AUAACUCCAGAGUCGGGAUAAACCCAAUCAGGGUUGAAAGUUUGUCAGUUGUUACGAUCGAGGUUAGCGUCUUAUUCCUGCCACGCAGCAAUCGCAACACUAUCCUGGAAAACCUUAUCCCCAAACUUGCAGAAACCCAGAAUCCCUCCCCCCACCUUAACACAGUACGAAUGCAAGCAUGGGUAUCCGGGGCCGAGGCAAUUUGGAUCGCCUAAGGACGAUAUGGACUCCUGAAAUGGACCGAUAUUUCAUUGAUCUAAUGUUGGAACAGGUGAACAAUGGUAAUAGGUUUGAUGAUCAUGUGUUCAGCAAAACAGCAUGGAAGAACAUGAUUUCAAUGUUCAAUGAAAGGUUCAACUUUGAGUACGACAAAGAUGUUCUCAAAAAUCGGCACAAAACGCUGAGAAAUCUGUACAAAGGUGUUAAGAAUCUCUUAAACCAGAAGGGUUUUACCUGGGAUGCAACGCGACAAAUGGUGAUCGCUGACGGUAAAGUCUGGGAUGAAUACAUCAAGGUAAACCCAGAUGUGCGUCCUUACAGAGUAAAAACUGUCCCGUACUAUAAUGAUUUGUGUUUUAUAUAUGGAGAUAGGAGAGCUGGGGAAAAGGGUGAUAAUGUGUCUGAGACAUCAUCACACUUGGGUGAGGAUGAAACAGGUUCAGCCGCUCAGCCAGAAUGUGCCAAUGAGGGAGCUUUGAAGGCUGUUCAUGAAAUUGCAGCGGAUGAAGAUUGUAUCUCUGUGUCACAAGAAGUGAAGGACACGCCAGAGACUAUGCCAAAUGUAACAACAACCCCACUGUAUAGUCGUACUAGGACAAAUUGGCAUCCACCAAUGGACCGUUCUUUCAUUGAUCUUAUGCUUGAGCAAGUGCACAAAGGGAACCAGGUUGAUGGUGUAUUCCGCAAGCAGGCAUGGGUGGAGAUGAUUGCUUCAUUUAAUGCUAAAUUUGGUUUUAACUAUGACAUGGACAUACUAAAGAAUCGCUAUAAAACUCUGAGAAGGCAAUAUAAUCUCAUAAAGAAUAUUCUUCAACUGGAUGGAUUCGCCUGGGAUGAUGCUCGUCAAAUGGUGACAGCUGAUGAUAGUGUAUGGCAAGACUACAUCAAGGGCCAAAAGGAUGCUCGGCAAUUCAUGACCCGGCCAGUGCCAUACUAUAAAGACUUGUGUUUGAUAUGCAAUGAUCCAGAUCCUGAUGAAAGUGACUGCUUUUCCCUUCAUUGUUUGGAACCACAAAAUACAGUCCAAGAAGUGAAGCCCAGGCGAGAAGCUAAGAAUUCUCAGUCGCUUGCAGCAUCAGUUUCCAGUGAAGAUGAAAUUGGUAAUGUGCUGGAGCCAGCACAUAUUGGUUCAAAGACAAUUGGGUCUAAACUUAAGUACAAACGUCAAUUAGAAAACCAGUUAAAUUCUGCACAUUCAAAAAAGUCACGAGGUGAAGAUGACAGUAUGGCCAGUGCUCUCCGAGAGAUGGCAACUGCUGUUACUUCAUUAACAGAGAAGAAGGAUGACGGUAGCUCAAACCCCAUUUCAAUAGAGAAUGUAAUUAUAGCUGUACAGGCAUUACCAGACCUGGAUGAAGACCUUAUAUUAGAUGCAUGUGAUUUCCUGGAGGAUGAAAUCAAAGCAAAAACAUUUCUGGCGCUGGAUGCCAAACUAAGAAAGAAGUGGUUGUUAAGGAAGCUUCGUCCUCAGCAGUGAGUUUAACUGAGUUUAAUUUUAUUCUUAGCUGAUUAGGCUACGAGCCAGACAGGAAGUUAGAUUUGUGUCACAGCAAAUGUAAAUUUCAGUUAGUUGAAUAGAGUUGUUUAUAAGCAAAUUGGCACCAUUAACAUUCAGCAAGUUUCAAUAUUCUUGUGAAAAUGGCUUAGAUGUUAUAUAUUCCAACAGUUCCAUACUUCAUAUGUUC